GUAUUGAAUAACCGCACCCUUCACCAACACCCUCGGACUCUGCUGAAUCCGCCGGUCGGAUCAGGACACGAGCUGUUACGUAUUGUUAAUUUCAUUCGGCGGGAAUACCAGAGAUGAAGAUUAUAAGUUUAUUGUUUGUGUUUGGAUUAAACGCCUCAAUUAAAUGUCAAGAGGCGUCACAAGCGUUCCCUUUCAAUUAUGAAGAGCUUAAAGAAGUAAAAGACAAGUUAACGUGCCCUCAAGAUUAUGAAAAGCGGGGUGCAGAUUGCUAUAAAGUGUUUACUACUAAAUUGACGUUCGACGAGGCGGAGGUGAUCUGCGAAAGUGGAGGAGGACACUUGACGUCCAUUGAUGGUGCUACAUCGAACGAGUUCAUUUCGGAACUAAUUCGUAAGAAAGACAGUAAUAUAGUAAACUACUGGAUAGGAUACAACCGUCAAAAUGUCGACUCGUCUACACCAAAAAAAGCAUUUCACGUAUCCGGUAAACAAACGGAGACGUCUAUCGGAUAUUGGGGACCGGGUCAACCGAAUAUUAAUAAGGGAGAAUGUGUAAAAAUUACAUAUGAAAACAAAUUUCCCUUCUGGAAUUUUGCUUGGUGUGGCGAGAAACUGCCAUUCAUAUGUAUGAAACCAGCCUGUGUUUCGGAUCAGUUUUACUGUGAGAAAACGGGUAAAUGCAUCAAGAAUGAAUAUCUCUGCGACGGCUUUGACGACUGUGGCGAUAGGUCUGACGAAUUGUUAGAUAAUCAAAAAUGCUCCGAUAGAUGCGUCUUUUAUAAGAAAGGUACCGAAAGUGGUAAUAUUGUUUCCGAAGGUUUUCCAACGUCUUAUGCUUCGUAUAAAGAAUGUAUUUGGAUAAUCGAAGCUCCACCAGGAAGAAGAGUUCAAUUUAAGUUUAACGAUUUACAAACUGAAAGUGGUUUUGACGUCAUCGAUAUUUGGUUAAAUGGUAAUACAUUUGAAAAGUCACGGUUUGCUGCGUCAUUAUCAGGAGUUAAAAGUGUGGGACAAGUACCAACUUUUAUUUCUGAGAACAAUUUCAUGAUUAUUCGAUUCUCUACCGAUGGUUCAAUUGGUAACAAAGGUUUCAGUGGAACAUGGACGUCAACUUAUAAAUGCGAAAUGAGAAAAAAGGAGAACUAUAUGCAAACUGGCGAAGACCUAAUUACUUUGGAAGGAUCUGACGAAAAUAGUUGUAUUACUAGCUGUGAAAGUAAAAUUAAUUGUCAUGCGUUCACAUUCUACACAACAAAGGGGCGGUGCAUUCAACAUUCAAAGAUUGUUAAGCCUAUACCAAAUAAAUCUAAUGAUAUAACCUCUUUUUGGGUGAAAACUUGUCCUGGCGUUCCUACAACUCAAACAAGCCUUGAGUAUUUACCCGGAGGUAAUGGCGAUGUUCCCACGGCGACUGACGAAUGGCAAUAUAUCAUGUCACCUUUUUAUCCGCUCAAUUAUCCUAGUAACAUAAAAAUAGAUUGGCUAAUAAAGGCUUCCCAAUUCUCAUUAAUUACUAUUCAAGUUCUUGAUGUGAAGCUUGGCGAAAAAGAUCAACUCGUUGUAAAGAAUGGAGACAGUGAUAGUUCUAAAGUACUAGCAACUUUAGAUGCCACAUCCAAAGCAAAUGAUCUAAUUAUUAUUACAACUGUUAAUUCGGCUUACAUUUAUCUUGAUUCUAAAUCCGAAAAAACGAACGUUGGAUUUCAAAUAAGAUAUAAGAUAGGUUGUGAUGUUGAGUUGACCGGAAAAUCUGGUUCAAUACAAACCCCAGGUUUUGGUAUUGAAGAUUAUCCAGCUUUGCAGACUUGUAAAUGGCUAAUAAAGACUGAUAGCCCUAUAACAGUCAAAUUUCCCUCAGCAGACUUUCGUCUGGGAACUGGAGACUUCUUACAGAUUUUUAGAGGAAUUACCGAUCAAACACAACCUGUGCAUUCAGGCAGUGGCUUUUCCGGCUUAAAUGCUCCAACUAAACUACAAGUGAAUAAUGGACAGCUCUUAAUUAAAUUCACUAGUGAUGCUAAUAUAGAGUCAACAGGCUUUAGUGCUAAAUAUUCUAUAGAUUGUCCAGACUAUCAAAGAAACGUGGAUACAUCUAUUACAUCAGGAACUUAUUCAGCAAACUUUGGUUCAAAGUUUACAGUAUCCUGCUUAAACGCCGGAUAUUAUUUUUCAGCUGAGGAAUUCUUUGAAAAGAGUGCAGUAGAGUUAAGAUGCGAAAUUGGAGGUAAAUGGAACUAUAAUCGUUUACCGCAAUGUGUAAAACGCUAUUGUGGUCAUGUACCGGAUGUUAAUAAUGGAUAUAUAGAGAAAACAACUGGAGUUGUAUUAGGACAAACAGCAACAUUUAAGUGUUUUCCCGGUUUUUCCAUAUCGCCAAAUGGUAAUGUUAAUUGUCAAGCAGAUGGCAAAUGGAGUUCCUCUCCUAAAUGUGAAAGUCAAAAUUGUCCACCAAGAGGUCCCCCUCCAAACUCUGUUCUGAGUAGAGUACACGGCGAAGGGUUCGAAUAUGGUACAGUUCUUACUACACAGUGCAAUGAAGGGUUUGAAUACUAUAAAGGAAAUCAUGUGAUUUAUUGUAAGAAUGGAGGAGAGUGGUCUGGAGAAUUAGCUACUUGUAGAAAAAAGAAAUGUCCUGUAACCCAGAUACCAAACGCCAGUUCUAAUAAACAAACAGCAUUUAUCGAAUUCGAGGACGUUAUUACAUAUACUUGUAAGGAGGGCUUCGAAAUUAAUGGUACUGCCUCACUUGCGUGUAAAGCUGAUCAAACUCUUGGAAGUCUGCCAUACUGUCAAGAUAAAAAUGAAUGUUUGGGUUCUCAUGGAUGUCAACAUAAAUGUGAAAAUUCAAUUGGUUCUUAUAUUUGCAAAUGCAGAGAUGGCUUUAAACUAAGUGCAAACGAUGGCAAAACUUGCUCUAAUAUUGACGAAUGUGCCAUAGGUGAUAAAGGAGGAUGUAGUCAAAUAUGUACCGACGAUCCACAAGGUUCUUAUGCUUGCUCAUGCUCGUCAGGCUACAGUUUAUUUACAACAAAUGGACAAAGUGGCUUUACAAAACAUCCCUCAGAAACUGGUACUCAACGCGGCGAUCUAUAUCAUUAUAACCAUACUUGUAUACCUAAUGAAUGCAAGGAAGACAUUGGCAACACUAUUGCUAACGGAGCUAUUCUCAAUACAAAGUCUAGAUACUAUUUUGGAGAUGAAGUAGAGUAUGAAUGUAGCCUUGGAUAUCAACUGUCUGGUGCUGGUAAUAACAUUAGGACAAAAAGAACUUGUGGAGAAGAUGGAAAAUGGAGUGGAAAUACACCUACAUGCGUUAGAGCUAGAUGUGAUUCUCUUUCUAUUCCGUCUUCGGUAAUUAAUAGACCAUCUGAAGUUAGUACUGGCUCAUCUGUUGAAUUUGGAAUGAAAGUCACUUGGAAAUGCGAUCUUUCAAGAAAGGGAGAGAAGGGCAAGUUUAUUGAAAAGUCCAGAACUUGUUUAUGGGACACUGCAAACGGUGACAAAACUAAACAAGCAUAUAGACUAGUGGGUGAUGAUCUCGAGUGCGGUAUUUUGGAUUGUGGUGAUCCUGGAGUUCUUAUUGGAUUUAGCGGUACCAAACCCUCCAAUACAGAAUAUCUUCAAGAGUUUAGGUUUGCUUGCAAAGCUGGCUAUCAGAAAACUGGAACUAGUAGCAAAGGUAACGAUAUCGUAGCCUGUGAAAAGGAUGGUCAUUGGGGUCUCAAUGAUUUAAAGUGCUCUGGACCUACUUGUACUGAUCCUGGAACUCCUCCUGAAGCUGUUCAACAUUCCGUUUCAUACGAAGAGGGUCAAGUUGUUACGUAUACUUGUAACAGACCCGGUUAUAAUCCAAAGCCAAGCCAACUGAAAUGCGUAUUUAAUGGCGGUACACCAACCUGGGAUGAUGCAACAAGUGUUGUUUGCGAGGAUGGAGAAGCGCCUAAAUUUACUGACUGCGUAAAUGAUAAGAUAGUAAUUAUUAAUAGACUGGAUACUUUGUCGUUGAGUAAACCUCAUGUAACCGAUAACUCUGGAGCAGUAAAAUCGGUUACCAUUAAAGCUGGAAGCAUUGAUAUUAAUGCCCCAAUUAAAGCGGACAGCGACAUUACAUGGGUUGCUGAAGAUUACGAAGGAAAUGCGGCCGAGUGCAACGUUAAAAUAAAAAUUAGAGAACGAAGUGUUGUCAGCAUAUCUGGUUGCCCAGAUCAUCAGACUGAAACUGUCGUAUCAAAGAAUGAAGAUAGACAAGUGACUACAAAAGGUGCAAAUUCAAUCAUAGGCGCGGUAAAACAAUCUAAGGAGCCAAACUUAAUUGACGUCAAUUAUAAAAAUAUUGGUAAAGUUUUCACUGUUACCAUAAAAGCUUGGGAUGAGUCGGAAAAUAUGGCUGAAUGUAAAUAUCAAUACUUAAUUGAAAGUGGAAAAUGCGUAGAAUGGUCUUUAAGAGAACCUAAAAAUGGUAACAAAAACUGCGCAAUAGCACCUGGAGGAACAGUUUGUACUAUGACAUGUGAGAGUGGUUAUGUUUUUCCUGAUGGUAAAACAACUCGCGUCUAUUCCUGUCAAAGUGGUAAUGAUUGGGAUAUUGGAAAUGAAGUUCCCGAUUGCGUUAAACCGAAAGAAGCUACUUAUCUUCAAGAAAUUCAAUUGAUUUACAAAGCUUCUACAUUCUCCCUUAUAAGCGAAAAUUGUGCAGCAGAAUAUUUAAGUGUGAUUAGAAGUAAAAAAGCACUGAUUGAGAAAACAGCCGAUGAGCAAGAUCAUUGUAGUAUUGUAAAUGUUAAAAUGCCAGAUUCGGUUGAUGAGGCAAUAAAGGGUAGAUCUGUAGUUUCUAACUUCUACGUCACUCUCUCAUGGUCGAUAACACCUUUUGAGACGGUCAAGAGUCGAAAGGACAGAUGCGCGUCACUAACCACAGCCUUCCUUCAGACAUUAGUCAAGGGAGAAAAAGGUUUUGCUGAGCAUUUAUUUGAAAUUGUUCCCAGCUCAACAUCAGGAUGCUUAAGAUUACUGCUUCAGACGGGAAAUCAAUUCCAGGAAAGUCAUGGAUAUGUUUGUCCUGUGGGUAAAGCUAAAGAAGACCUAUGCAUUCCAUGUUCUCCUGGGUAUCAUUCUGUUGCUGGUGAAUGCCAGGAAUGUCCCAAGGGAACUUUCCAAGAGUCUAUAAAUAAAGAUGAGUGCACAAUGUGUCCAAAUAACACUUUUACCUAUAACUCUGGAUCUCUAUCACGGGAUGAUUGUAAACCCGUUUGUGAAAGGGGAAUGAUAUCAAGUUCUAAAUUGCCUCCGUGUAGACAGUGUCCUGUUGAUACUUAUUGGAUUAGUCCUGAGAAAUGUCAAGCUUGUCCUACAGGAACAGAAACUGAAGGUAGAACAGGAGCAAAGAGUCUGGAAGAAUGUCGAGCAAGGUGUAAACCUGGUGAAUUUUCUGUAACUGGAAGAGCUCCAUGCCGAAAAUGCCCCAAAGGGUUCUAUCAGAAUUUGGACGGGAGUACAACAUGCAAAGAAUGUCAAUCUGAUGAAACAACAGCAUCAGAAGGAGCUGAUGAUGCAUCUCUCUGCAUCUCCUCAAGAGUAUGCCAGCCGAGUCCGUGCUUGAAUGGAAAUUGUAAUGUGAAAAAUCACAGAGCUAUUUGCAACUGUCAGGCUGGUUGGACUGGCGAUUUAUGCGAUCAAAAUAUUGAUGAAUGUGCUUCAAAUCCUUGUUUCUACGAUGGUAAAUGCACAGAUAAGGUAAACGAUUUUGAAUGCGAAUGUAAGAAACGAAUAAAAAUUAGCUUUGAAGAAAAAUCAAAUCAAGCUCCUUCGGAUGGAAAUGUUCUUGCAUAUUCUAGCAACCAAGGAGCAACGCGAGAAGGAUGUAUGCAGACAUGUAAAGAAGAUUCGUCUUGUACAAAUGCCCUUUAUCAGACUCUAGAUUCGAGAUGUAUCUUAUUUAAAGGUGAAGGAACAUCCUUCGUACCUUAUCCUAAUAGUCUACUAUUUAUUAAAAAACAAACCGAGUCUGACGCUUAUUCUGGAAAGAGAUGUGAAAUUGAGGCAAACGAUUGUUUGAAUAAUCAAUGUGCGAACGGUGGCAUGUGUCAAGAUUUGGAUGGCAAUUAUAAAUGUCUCUGUCUUACAACAUCAAUCUUUUCUGGACAAUUUUGUGAACAGAGUCAAGAUAUAUGUGCCCGUUCACCUUGUCAGAAUGGAGGAACAUGCGAAAAGCUUAGUAGUUUCCGCCGUAAAUGUCUCUGUGUAGACGGAUUUAUUGGGAAAGAUUGUGAAACCAAUGUUGACGAGUGCGCUUCAAACCCAUGUAUGAACGGUGGAACUUGCAGGAAUCUCUUAAAUCGCUUUGUCUGCGAUUGUAAUAGUCGCUACUUUGAAGGAGAGCGAUGCGAAAAGAGAAAAACUAAUCCAUGUAAUGGGGUUUCUUGUAGUGGUAGAGGACGAUGCAUCGAGGAUUACGAGAAUAGCGCUACAAAAUGUCUAUGUAGCGAGGGAUACAGAUCUGAUUAUUUCUGGAUGGAGUGGCAAGAUACAGAUAAACCCGACACCAAUGACGAUGAUGACGAACAUUAUGUAGCUAAUAACGUGUGCUCGGGAACAAAACCUCUUGAAAUUAGAUGCAGAGACGCUAAAUCAAAGAAGACGUGGUCAGAAACUGGAGAUGUUUUAAUUGUUCCAUGUGAGCUUGAUGGAGGUCUUGUUUGUCUGAACUCCAAUCAAACGAACAAUAGAACUUGCAGCAACUAUGAAGUUCGUUACAAAUGCUCUCUAUUAGCUGUUAGAAAUGGUAUAUCAGAUUGCGUUGUUGAUGACGCUUGUGUUGAUGAUCCAUGUGAAAGAGGAACGUGUAGACCCAGACCGGGAGAAAACCCUCCCUACAUUUGCGGCUGUCCAACCGGCUUCUUUGGAGCAAAAUGUCAACACGAACAGAAUGAAUGCGAUGUCGAACCAUGCAUUAAUGGCGGGAAGUGUAUUGAUAAAACUGGAGGGUACAUGUGCGAAUGCCCAAGCGGAUAUGAGGGUUUCAACUGUGAAAGGCAGAAAAAUUUAUGUCAACCAAAUCCUUGCAAGGCAGAGUGGACUCAAGAGUGUAAGAAUUCAGUAAAUGAUUAUGAAUGCGUUUGCAGAGGUGGAUAUCAGGGCAAAAACUGUACUGAAGAGAUAAAAGAAUGUGACAGCAAUCCUUGUCUAAAUGAUGCCCCAUGCGAAGAAAAGGAAGGAAGCGGUUAUAAGUGUAACUGCCCUUCGGGCUACGAUGGUUUAAAUUGUGAAAAAAUGAAAAAUAACUGCAACGACGAUACAUGUAAACGAGAUGCUAAAUGCUUCAACGUAUUUAAUACAUUCUAUUGUGCCUGUAAACCAGGUACUUUUAAUGCUAUCUGUUCUGAUGGGCCAAAAUUAUGUGAAAAUGCAAAUCCUUGUUUAAAUGGUGGAACAUGCUCUAUAAAGGAUGGUCGAGCUGUAUGUAAAUGUCCCCCAGCUUUUACUGGUGAUGGUUGCGAAAAAGAAAAAGAUUAUUGUGGAGCAAAUAGUAUUUGUCAGAAUGGAGGAACAUGUUCAUUAACAAAUAACGGAUACAAUUGUGAAUGUCCUAGUGGAUUUAUGGGGACAAAUUGCGAGACUAACAUAGACGAUUGUAGGAAUGUACAGUGUAAUGGAGGUCAAUGCAUAGAUGGUGUUAAUGAAUACUUCUGUCGUUGUACUAAUGGUGUUGUGGGAUCAAAUUGUGGCAAAUUAAUUGAUAGAAACUUUGAUAUAGCUUUCUUAAGGGCAACAAAGGACAGUAGUGCAGUUUCUCCAGUUCCCUUUAAAAUGGAAAAGCGAAUGAUGUCUUUGGGCGUUUUCGUUCGUUAUCUAUCCCAAGCUGAUACUGGUUUGUUCUUAACUCUCUUCUCAUCCGAAUCAGAAACAACUAAGGAAAUAGAUGAGAAAUUACUUCAUAUUGAUCAUACUGGAGUAACCUUAUUCUUUGAUGGGGGUGAUAGAUUUUUACCUUUUGGUGCUAAUCAUAGAGUUAACGAUGGACAAUGGCAUUAUGUAGUUAUCACCUUCGAUUCAAAUAAGGCUGUAGCAAAAUUGUUUGUGGAUGGAGCUCAGGCAAACAUAUUGUCAAGUUAUAAACCAGAUUACGAACUACCGAAGUAUGGUAUAAUCCGUAUAGGAGAUAAAUACGAUAUGAAUAAAAAGGCUUCCGUUAAAAAUGAGGGAUUAUUAGGUUACGUAAGCUUAGUACAAUUCUGGAAUAGAGAAUUAAGUACGAAUGAAAUUGAUGAAGCUCAAAAAUUAGGCAACGAUAAUCCAGCAUCAUUGAUAAAUGAAAUUACCCUUGAUUGGUCUUUGAUGAAUACCGAAAGUGGUGCUACAAGAAUAAUUCCAUCAGUACGAAAAAUAAAGAUUUGCCCCUCUGAUAAGAUAGGAAACGAUUGUAGCCAAAAUAAUGAUAAAAUAGGUCCUAAUGUCGUUAGCUGUCCAUCAAAUAUUGUUAAAACAGGUUCAUCUCGUCUAAUUAGUGUUACUUGGACUGAACCAACGUUUAAUAAAAACACGGAAAAAUCAUUUAAUUACGUAAAUGGACAAGUAUUCACUGCUGGAGUUUAUCAAGUUAUAUAUGUUGCGAGAGAUAAGUUGAAUAAUGUAGCCAUCUGUAAGUUCAAGAUUUUCAUAAGAAGAGACGAUUGUAACAAUCCCUCUGCUCCUCUUAACGGUAUUACACCAACUCGUACUACAUACAAAAACCUCUAUGUCAACAGUCAACCGUCAUGUUCAGCAUCUUAUUAUCCUCUCUUACCUUCACCAAUAUUCUACACUUGUGGUCCAAUCGGUACCUUCAAUCUGAAGGAUCCAUGGCAUGAAUUUAAAUUCCCACCUUGCGGUAGAAUCGGCGUAAAAUCGUUUACAUUAACUGCUUCAUGGGGCUACGAUCUAACAAGCUGCCAAUCAACGGCUACAAAUGGAUUAAAAUCAAAAAUUAUCGAGGAUAUAAGAACUUUACAUACCAACCAAAAAGGCCAGACAGGACAAGGUUUAUGUAAUGCCGAUAACAAUUGCGGAAAUGCAGUUGUAACUGUCACAUGUAGCGGUAAUAGGGCUGAUGCUGAUAUUAGCAUUAAAAAUUCGCUAAGAUAUAUUGGCAGUACGAGAACAACCAUAACUUUAAACAAAGCAGCAAUGCAAGAUGGUCUCUUUAUAACUGAUAAUGUUGCAGGAGGAAACAAAAUCAUAACUAGCUCUUUUAAAACUGAAAUAGUCAUUUCUUGCCCUCAAUUUUACCACAAAGUUGACGAUGAAUGUGUCCAGUGCACAAAAGGAUAUAUGUAUGAUGAAAGUGAUAAGAGUUGCAAGGCCUGUGAUAUUGGAGAAUAUAGUGAAUCUGACGGUAGCUCCUCUUGUUCAAGAUGCGGAACUGGACAAACAACAGCAACGAAGGGUACAUCAAAUAAGAAUAAUUGUAUUUUAUCUUGUUCACCUGGCCAAUAUUACUCACUAUCUGAUAGACGUUGUAGACAAUGUGAAAAAGGUUAUUAUCAAGAGGACAGUGGUAAAACUUAUUGUCUACCUUGUGUUCUGGGAAAGACAACCAACGGUGACGGAAAGUCAAAAGAAACCGAUUGUAUUGAUCAAUGUGAAAGCGGAGAGGCGUUACAAUCUGAUGGAACCUGCAAGAAAUGUCCAAUUGGUACCUAUAGAAAUAAAGCAAGUAAAGAGCUUUCAUGCCAGCAAUGUCCAUCUGGAACAACAUCGAAAGAAGAAGGUGCAAAGAGUACGGCUGACUGUAACCGAGUAAAAUGUGAACUGGGUUACAUUCGAGAGGGUGAUAAUCCUGGCGUCUGCAAAGCUUGUCCUGUAGGCGAAUACAGAUCGGAUGAAACGAAAGAUACCGAAUGUGUUAAAUGUCCAGACAAAAAAACCACAGAACAAGAGGCUACUAUAAAUGAGAUGUUUUGCAAAUUCUUCUGUCCUGCUGGAAAGAGACUUAAAUACCAAAUCAUUAAUAAUAAAAAUGAAACAUCAUGCGAACCAUGUCCUCUUGGAAUGUUCAAAACCGAAAAUGAACCAUUUUCUGAAACUUGUACAAACUGUCCAGGCAACAAGCCUGACACUGCAUAUGUAGGCGCAACAUCAAGAGACCAAUGUAGAUAUGGAAAUUGUACAAAGGGCUAUAGUUUAGUAUUGCAUCCAGAUAGAAAGGAAUGCAAAAUAUGUCCACUAGGAACAUAUCAACCCUAUGAAGAUUUUUCACCCGGAAAUAAUGAAUGCAUAAAAUGUCCUACCGAUAAGACAACUAAGAAACUAGGAUCUUCAGCAAAAGAGGAUUGCGAGAGCGUUUGUGAAAGUGGAUAUCAACGAGAUAUCAGCCAAACUAAUUUCAUAUGUAUGAAAUGCCCAAUUGGAAAAUAUAAAGAUAAUACUAUUGAAGAAAAUGAACCAAAAACUUUCAUGAAUCCUUUUAGUAACUGUACGGAAUGUGACAAUGGCAUGAUAACACCAGAAGAGGCUUCCAAGACUAGGGGUGCAUGUACUGUACCACCCUGUAAACCAGGAGAGUAUUUAGAUACGGACGUAAACCAAUGCAAAGUAUGUCCCAAAGGAAAAUACCAAAGCAAAAAAUGGCAAAAGAAAUGUUUAGAUUGUCCAAAAUUUUUCACUACACCAUCUACUGGAGCAAAGUCUUCUAGUGACUGCAAUACUGUUGCUAGUUCGAAAAAAUUUAUCUUCAAUGUCGUAUUUUCUGACACAUUUAAUAGUCAAUUAACAAAUCGAUCUUCUUCUGACUUCAAAAAUUUCGAAUUAAGAGUUAUCAAUAUGCUGAAACCCGCCCUAUCUUCGUUCAAUUCUUUUAUGUUUACAAACAUUAUUAGAUUUGAGGAGGGAAGUACAGCGGCUUUUACUGCGACUUAUUUUGAUACCACCAAAUCACCACCUCGUGAAGAUGAUCUCAAGCUUAAAGUUGAUGAAAUCUUAAAAAACCCAGAAAAUUCAAACCAACUAAAAACGGCAUCUAUACUUCCUAGGGAGUCAACAGAAAAAUGUGACCAAGGACAAGGUUUAUCAUUUGAUGACGGUUGUUAUGAUUGUCCAAAGGGAACUUAUCAGCCUCCUGAGUCUCCUGAUACUUGCAUAAAAUGUAACGAUCAAUUCGAUACAAUAAAAGAUAAAACUGCGGGCAAACAUGAUGAGGUUUGUCUAAAAAUAUGUCCACCAGGUAAAAGGAGAAUAGGAACUUCAGACUGUGUUGAUUGUGGAAUUGGAGAAUAUAAAGCAAAUGCAAACAUUAUGGACAAAUGCGACAAGUGUGAGGACUUAAAUACUAUAGGUAAACAGAUUACGGAAGGACCAGCUGCAACUGGGAGUGGAGCUUGUUUUAGAGAAUGUGAUUUAGGUGAAGAAAAUAAUUCGUGUUCAAAAUGCAAAGUUGGUUAUUUCAAAAGUAAUAAGACGAAGAGAAAUUGUGAGAAAUGUCCGGAGGGCUAUACAACGAAAGGAAGCGGAAGCACGAAGAUGAAACCUAGCAAUGAAGAAGAUAGACAUGGAUGCCAUCAAGCUUGCCUCAUUCUAGGUGCGGGAUAUUGUAAGAACCAAGGUAAAUGCAAUCCGCCAGAAGAUUCUGGUGGGUGGAAGCCACCUACUUGCAUCUGCGAGGCCGAUUAUAAAGGUUCAACAUGUCAAGAUAUAAAGGAAGAUAACACAGUAAGUUACAUUAUUGGAGGUACUAUUGGAGGAGUUGCUGGGAUACUUUUUAUAGUUCUAGCUGUUUUGGCUGUUUUGGGUCUUUGUCGUUAUCAUAAAUUCUCGCACAAACCUCUCAAACAAAAUAUGAACGAUGCAAACGAUACCAGUGAUAAAAAACCUCUUCCUAUCACUACUCCUCAAACAAUGAUGGUGGCUCAGCCAGGCGUCUAUAGUCCUAUGGGUGUAGGGGGUGCACCGACCAACAGAGCUGGUACCCCAUCUGCCACUUUAGUUAAUAUGACACAAAGUAAGUUCGAUAAACAGCAUAUGUACAUACAGUAUAUCAAACCUUGAUUUUUAUUAUAUUAACAGGUAAUCCUCCUUAUAUGUAUUAUGAGGAAAGAGAUUCUAGAGAUAUGUUCGACAUGCAAGAUUUCCGAAGUGUCAGCCAAGUAAAUGGUAAUUAUGGUUACGGAGGAGGUUCAUCUGCAACAUUUUUCGCCAAGUAGAACGAGUAUUUUCCUAAACUUUUCGUUCAUAAAACUUUUUUAAUACUUAUUAAUUAUUUAUAAUGUUUUGCUAUUCACUAAAUAUCAUUUUUUUUAUGAAUAAAAAUUUGAAUGUUUAU